AUGUUUCAAGAACUUGACAGGCUGGUCAAUGGCCGAUUUGCGCCUGAAGAUAUAUCCGCGCUGAUGAGUUUACGACGCCGAAGAGAGACCAGCAGACCUACCGGGGACGAUAACUUUGCACAGUCGGACGAAGCCAAGCUUGGAUGCCUACUACUUGAGAAGGUGACCGGUGGUCGCCCCCGCGCAGACCAGAGUAGGCUUCUGUCAUUGCCAGCAGAAAUCUUGGCUUCAAUUGUCGAUAUGUUGUCGGCGUCCGACCUCGCCUCCUUAGCCUUGGUCAACAGUGACUGCCAGCAUCUGGCUCGCUCUGGACAAUUUUCCGACAUCCACUUUGACUACAGCCAGAGGGCCCAAAGCCUCGCCGAACAUCUUCUUAGCGAUGUCACCCAUGUAAUAAACAACAAGGGAACCAAGCGAAUCAGCAUCGGCUCAUGCGUGCGUCGGGUGACCUUCGCUUCAAACCCCAAUAAUGUAAGCCAGUGUCACCCGGAAAUCUUGAGUGAUGAGUCUGAUUUCAGAUCCGACGAGGAAAAUUGCGCGAUACACAAGACGGCAUACGUGCACUAUCGCCACGUUCAAGUGUCUUCACUAGCUGCUGUCUCCGCCUUGACAAUGCCCAAUCUUGAGGUUCUCAAGUGGGGUGACGAUUUCCUCAUAAACGAGGAUUUCUUCAAACUCAUCUCCCUUUCGUCAGCUCAGCACGUCAUACUGGAUUGGUUGAGGCUGAGAAGGCCUAUUCCAUUACGCCCUCUCGUUGCACCAACAGGGUGGCCUUUGCGCAAACUUGAUCUCGACAUGAGCCUGCCCAGGGAAUCCGACGGGAAGCCGGUUGGCGUUGGGUUCUAUGAAGACUUUCUUCGGCUAUGUGCCCCUACGCUGGAAUCUCUCAAGCUCAAUGAACGAGACUCCCGGGUGUCCCAGAUGGUAUUCUUCAAGGACCAAAAUCCUCCGUCAUUCCCGCGCCUGCGCGAUUUACGCCUUCGUGUCCUCGACCCUCCCACCUCCUUUCUUUCGCUUUUCAUGGAUUCCCCUGUGAGAAGUCUUGAGAUACCCCAGGAAAUUCGGCAUCCCAAUAGCAUGGCCGCUAUGAUUGGCGAUGGAUUUCGGGAUCUUGAAACCUUGGCCGUACCUGACUUGCCGUUCAAGGAUACGCUGAGCGAGGAGAUAGCCCGCUUCUUACAAGAGCAUAAGAAAAUCCAGAAACUGUGUGUCCACGAAAAUAACUACGUAGUGGGAAGCCGGGCACAUCUUGACCACUAUAUCAUUCCAGUCCUAGCCAAAGGAGGUUUCGAAUGUCUUACCAGCCUCUCCCUGCAUUGGUUCGGGGCGUUUGACGAGACUCAGACGAGGGUCGUACACGUUCCGGAAGCAUCCUUGGCUGUGGUGAGCCAAAUCACGUCGCUGCAAAAAUUGAAACUUGGGGCCGGUGAGACUUCCUCAGCGCGUCCUCUAUGGCUUGUGGACCAUGAAAGUGUUGCCAGGCUUUUGAGGCCGCUGCAAAACCUGCAGGUCCUGGCAUUUUACCGUGACACAUACCAGUCCCUAGGGUACGGCGACCCUGAUGUCGAAGAUUACUACACGAGACAGACUCUCACGGAGGCAAUGUGGGCAAUCGCCAGUGAGCGACCAGAAUUUGACGCGGCCUCUGUGCAACGCAUAAUCGAGGACAAUAGUAUCUUGCACCAUGAGAUCUGGGAAAGAGCGCAUCGCAACCGCAUGCUAAACUAUGCCGAAGGCUAUGCAUCUAUUCUGCCAGCUCUCGAGACGAUGGUCUGUGGACAACUUCCGAUGGCUAUUAGAUGCAACCCACAGGAACCAAAGGGGACUAGAAAGGCAGUACCGCUCACGGAAAGGCGGGACACCUGCUUCAGUUACUUAUGUAAAACUUUUGGCCUGGCAAGAUGGUUGGAAACAGUCGAGCGCCGAUAA